GGGCCCGUGGACGUGGCGACGUCCAAGCGGGGUGGAAUUUCCACAGCUCCGCGGCUAGCCUGCGACGGCUGCUGGCUGACCCACGAGCGGCACUUCAGCGGGGAGGCCGCCUGGCCCGACAUCGUCGAACGUUGUCGCGAGGGGCCAGAGUUCAACGGCGACUUCGAUGCUCGGGCCGCAGCAGGGGUGAACACGACGGGAGUGAUCGUUGCGGACCCAGGGCACCCGUGCGUCAGCCUUAAGAACUACACGAGGACGGAGUUGAAGAUGGCAAUCGUCAAGCUGACGCCCCAGCAGGCCGUGAAGACGGGUGCGGAGAUGGAGUUUGUGAAGUGGGGGGUGGCGAGGUUGCGCCAGAGUCAGGCGGUGGCCGUCAGAGGGUUCAGCAAGGUCCCAACGAUCACAGAGUUGCAGCAGUUGGCUCACGCGAAGGCUUCUACAACUGGGAUGCUUCCCAAGGCGCCGCCGUCGAGGCCACAUGGCCCUGUGCGCUCUGCCCCGCUUCCGAUCGAGAACGGCCGCGUGGAGGACGAGUCGGAGACCGCCACCAGCUUUCUAGGCGCUAGCGGCCACCUGAGCGCUGCAGGUGCUGCUGUGCCAACGGGAGCCCCCGUGGCCAAGAAAGAGCCCAGGCCAGCCUCCGCCAAGUCGGCGCCAGUCGCGACGAGCCCGUCGGUGGUGCCCAGGGGCAGCGUCGCCUCCGCCUUGGACCGCAGUGGACAGCCACCGCGGCGCUCCGAGUCAGGCGAGGUGAUAGAUCUCCCUCGGGACAGGUCAAGGCCUCCAGUAGGGGGCGUUGCCUGCUCCGUGGUCGAGUCUGGCUCUGGCGGCAGGGGCAGCAAGGCGGGGCCCCCUGGUUCUGCUGAGAAGGCGCGCUUCGGCGGCUACAAGAAUGACUUGGUGAUCCACGAGAUCUUGGAUGGGAGCCUCAAGGGGGGCCGAUCCCACGGCCUGAAGAGGUUCAAACCGAAGUCGGCCAGCCUGGCCGUGAUGGCAGCCAAGCUUCAUACGAAGGUGGAGGCGGCGAGCGCCUUGUCCAGCAACCUCGACAGCGCGGGGUGGCCCCAGGUGAUCCAUCACUUGAAGGAGCUCACCACGCAGGAUGUGGAGGCCUUGAACGAGGACGAGAUGAUGAUUGAGGCUUUGACGCCAUGGGCGCCCUUCCCCGAUGAGUUCGGCGCCACCGCGCCCCGAGCUGCGUCCAUGAAGAACCUCAGCACGACUGAGAUGAUCGCGAUGUUGCGUGAAAUCAUGUUGGACGUCGUCGCGCUGCCCCAGCUGCAGGACACCAAGAGGGUUCCACAUCUGCAGCUCUGUGGCAAGCUGCUCGCGGAGGUGUUCCGCAUCGCGAGCGACUGCCCUGAGCAUCUGAGGAGCUUCAUCGAGCACGUCGUCGCGCUUGGCAUGCUGCUGCACCACUUGCCGAACAAUGAUCCCAUGAGCUUCUCAGAGCGUGGGCCUUUCAUGCCGAAGAUGAUCGCGCUGCUGACUGGCGCGUGCGAAGGUCCCGAGCGGCACCCCUUGUCUGAAGUGAUGGACAAUUCCGAGCCGUGGUCACAAUACAAGGCGAGUUUCAGGCGCGCGGCCUCCGCCGACAUCCAGACUGCUUCCAAGAUGAAGCAGAUCGUCGACGACCUCGAGCAGGUAAGGUGCAACAUGGACGGCGUAGUGUUCAUGCGCACGGUUGUCGGGGAGACCGAAGCUUGGAGAAAGACAUGCCGCGGAGCAUCGAAGUCGACACACGUCGCAGAGAGCACCUUGUUCAACAGGGUGGGGUAUGUCGCCAAGGAAAUCCUGAAGCAGAGCGCGGACACAGUUGACAAGAAGGUCGGGAACGCGCUGCUGGGGGUGUUCGCCAGCUUCGCACGCGUCAAGGGGUACGAGCAGGACACAGCUGACGAUCCGUUUGAUGGCAUGCACAAUGCCCUGGUCACCCACCUGGACCACUCUGCGAGGAUGUUUGUUGAGACGGGCUGGAAGGACCACAUCGAGAAGUACAUCAACGCGGAUGCCCACGAGGAAGCGUUCCACCAGAUCAAGCUGUUCGUGGCGGAGAACAGGAACGUUCACGUACCUGUGCCAGAUGACGGUUCUCUCAUCAUGCGGGCCGCUUGCCACGUGAUCCAGAACAUCGGCCUCUUGACGGCUGACCUGAAGCUCGAGCAGGUGGGCUCUUGCGAAGCGAUGGUCGCGGACGCGAUCGGCAAGCGCGUCGUCGCCACUGAGAUGAUGUUCACCGUCGAGCCCACGGACGCCACCAGGCUGGAGCUGGCGGCGCUCCAGGCAAGGCUGGCGGACGUCUGCGCGGUCAUCGGGAUUGCGAAGCACGCCAGGGAGUUCUACGAGACGACCGCCGCCAGCACGCUCGAGCUUUGCAAGGCUUGGGAGAAGCUCGACUCGGCGCUCGGGGCACUACCAGCCACGGAGUCCAAACAGUACGACGAGGUCUUGCAGACGAAGUUGCAGGCCAUCAGCUUCGAGGAGUUCAAGUCGACGACCUCGAACUGCACGUUCGAGAGCUUGGCCGAGAAAGGCCAGCUGACGGCCCAGGGCCUCGAGAAUAUCGCGGGUGGCAUGCAAAAUGGCUCCAGCUGCCUGAGCGGCUACAGCGGCAGCCUCGAGAACUUCGACGAGCUGAUGGCUUGGAUGAAGGCCACGUUGUUCAAGCAGCUGGGCCUG